UUAAAAGAGCUCGCUGUGUCUGACUACACAGUACGAGGGGUACGUCGAGGGAAAAAAACAACAGAAGUUUGUCGAAGUGCCAAUAAUUUCUCAGCGCUGAGUGGUGGUGGAUUAAAACUCGAGUCUAGCAGACCCAGAGGAAAGAAGAAAAAAAGAAGUUAAGCUUUUGUUGUUUUUGUGUCUUUUUAGUUUUCUUCACUUCUAACAGUGUGUGUGUGUGUUUACUCGCCUAUUACUUGGAUAGUUCGUCGAGUCUAUCUAACGAGCUUAGGACGUUUCUGUGUGUGUUCAGUUUCACGCAGUGUUGUUCUUUGACUUUUGGAAGUAGUUCCACUCACAACACAGACAGUUGGAUACCAUGUGAACAUUCUAUUCAAGUAAUGGAUAACCAAUCUUGACUAUGGGUAAACUGCAGAGUAAACAUGAGUGUUUCUAUGUUAGCACCAACCUAAACAAAACUCUCCAGGACAACAUAUGGAAGGACAAGACUGGAUUUAAUUUGGCCAAUUAUAAUAUGGAUGAGACCCUUUCGGAGUUAUCCAUAUGCCUGGAAGAGAAGAGUGACACCUCACCAUUAAGAGUUGAGCUGCCACCCCAGAAACUAGACACAGUCACUUCCAAGUUAGACCACAUUCGUGAGGGAUGUGAUAAAGUCAACAUAGAGGAGAUCGAGUGCGGCGUCCAGUUGGAAGGCUCUGAGAAUUCCAAGCAGGAAUGGUCAUUCACACUGUAUGACUUUGAUGGACAUGGUAUGAUAACAAAGGAGGAUUUGGCCAGUUUGUUGAAAGCUUUAUAUGAUGCAGUUGGCUCCUCCAUUAAACUUCCUCCCAAUGGAGCCAAAACAUUAAAGCUGCGUCUUUCUGUGGGCCAGGACUGCACUGCAGAGAUCCAGCGAGUCAGCAAUGUGAAAUCCUCAGAGCGAUGCAGGAACACAAACAAGGCACCAAAGAAUAAAGUCAGGGACUUUUCCAAGCUGAACAACUUGAUGAGGACACAAAUUAAAUGCACUAAUGAAAAUCAGGCUCAGGUUUUGGGUCUAGCCACACUGGAGGCAGUGAGCUGCAAGCCUGAGGAGAUAGCUAGAAAGAGUCUAGUGCCUGAUCACCAGGAACUGGCGAGUUUGAUACAUGAAAAUAUGGAAAGAAAUCAAAUUAAACAACUCAGGAGACAUCAUAGUGACAGAAAUGAAGGUCAGCACCACUACAAGAGACGACAUCGCACCACAGCUGCACACUGCCCAGUCAUCACUGCAGGUGCUGCCCUGACUACACUCCCAACAUCCUCAACUGUGAUUGUCCUGGGUGAACAGCAGGAGGACAGGCCCAAAGAGAGUCAGGACAGAAGGAAUUAUUACCUCGACCUCGCUGGGGUGGACAACUCAAAGUUUCAAUACAAUCCCACAGUUCCUGUGGCAGGCUCAGGCUGCGUGAGGACAGGCUCUGGCCAGCAUAGGUCACGGUCACACGACAUUGGCAACUCUGGCAAAUGUGACAAUCGGCAGGUGGGAGCAUUAAACCCAUGCGAUGCUGUCCUGAAUAUCAACUCAGACAAAUGUGAUAAUGUCAAGCGAGAGAGUGAAAGACUUGCUGGUAAACCUGCUAACACUAAAAUAGAUCACCUCAGGUCUAAAUCCUCUGACCCUCAAGAAAUCAACAUUGGAAAAAAAUCUGCUAAACCCUUAGUACAACAAGACCCUCAGGUUACCUCAUUCUCCAUAAACAAACACAACCGGUUUAGACCAGUGAGCCUGCCUGGCCAUGUGCCUGCUACUAUCUCCCCUCACUAUCACAGGCGGCAUCGGCAUAGAGAGAAGGACCAUGACCUUGCCAUGCAGCAGGUGGCUCAGUGGAUAGAGCGAGAGCAUGCUUGGGAUAUGGAUGGUGAGCGUCUGGUGGUUCAGAGACAUGAACACCAUCAUUUUCAUGAGCACCAUCACCACCACCAUUAUCACCACUACCAUGAGGCUUGAGCUUCCUUCUGGGCCAAGAUAUUCAUUAGAAACAGUGUUUUUUUUAAACAGUAUUAUUAUCUACAGUGGGAACCACCACUUACUCUAUCUAGUCCAUGUACCAGCAGUUUAUUUAACACAUUUCCAUAGCGUAGAUAUAAAAGUCAGUAUUUUAGUGAGACUUGUAAUAUUUCUUUGUAGUUUCACUUUUGUCUUCACUGACAACAUUUGAUAUUGGACAAAAUUAUAGUAAUAGACAAAAAAAAAGUCAUGGUCACUGAGCUUAAAAAAGCUUUUUAAAAUGUAUAGAAAUGAGUAUGUCAACAUAACUUACAAAAACAUACAACUAAUCAUGCACUACAUUCUUUUUAUCAAAGUCAUGCUAGUGUUUAUUUUCUUGGAAGCUAAUUCAUCUCCCUUGAAUAUGGAUUGGAAUUGAACUACAAAGGAUAACUCUUGUUCAAGUUCUGAUCAUUUGUUUGUAUCCAGUUCAGUUUUAUAUAAAAAAAAAAAAUAUUUUUAAUGAAAAAUUGCAUUUUCCUCCAUUUUAAUCAUUUUGCCAAAUUAUUGAGGGUAAAGCAUAUCCACAAAUUAAUUUUUCAUUUUAAUGAUACACAAGUUAAGAAUAUCAUGUUUUUAUUUCAUUAUUGGCGCUUUCCUUUAUAAUAUUGAUUCGUAGAUAAAAUUCAACAUGGCCAAUUGUUUACAAUAUUUUCUAGAUAAUUUUUUUUGUGAAAGAUAUAUAUAUAUAUCUGUGUGCUGUGAUUAGUUUAUUUAUUUGAUAGACUCCAUGAACUGGCUAAUACAUGAUAAAUAUCAUUAAUCACAAUUUCUGUUCCAAUAUUUAAAAUUUACUUUGUUUUUGCUCUAAAUAAAAAAAAUGACAAAACAAAAUUGGCUAUGUAAUGUUGAAUUUUGACAUUUUUAUUUUUAAAACAAUUUAAAUUUCUUUAGCUCUAAUGUAGUGAAAAAAAACAGUAUAAAAUCAAGUAAUUAGGUCUAAACAAAUAAAACAAUAUCUGAAAUGUUAUUUCACAUUUUUUUUCUCAAGAAUGAACAGAGGAAAAUAAACAUACCGGGAAACAUUUCAUAACUAAAUUUGUGCUCUAAUCAAUUUAUUAAAUUUUUUUUUAGAAAGUUUUUUUUUUUAGAAAGUCCUAAAUAAUAUCAAAAUGUUGUUAGUUUUAAUUUAAAAAAAAAAAUCAAAAUGUUAUAGAAUAAAUUAAAUUACUUUGCUUAUUGCUAAAAAUCAGCUCCCAUAUUCCUUACAAUUUUAUAGGCUAUCAAACCAUAUCAACAUCAUUUCUUUGUUUCAAGAUUUUUCUUUUAAGGAAACAAAUUAAAUUUGCUAAAUAAAAAUUUUGGUUAUAAAGCAGCCAUAUUUUUUUGUUGUUGUUGUUUUUUAAAUCAAGUAAAAGCUAUUUAUUUAUUUUUCGCUUACUCGUAGAAAAUAAUUCUACAAGAUCAACAUUGAUAUUAAGUAAACAGUUUUGUGCAAAGGGAAAUUUUUCAUACUAAAUUUCUUUGUGAGUCAAUUGAAUGCUGUUCUGAGUGUGUACAAUCUGAUACAGAAUUUAAGUCAUUUUACAAUUAUCAUAAUUCACUUGUUUGCCUUUAGAAUUGACCAAAAUAGGGCUAUAAUUAGUUUCUAAAGUUGUGCCUCUUUAUUAUUUUUUUUUGUAGUAUUAAUAUGUGUUUCUAGAAUUUCUUUCUUUUUGUUGUUUGUUUUAGAUAUUUGUUGCUAAGUCUGUAGCAGACACUAUUGCUUUUUUUUUUUAUCAGUUGAUAUAUUUCUUCUUAGUUCUCUCAAGUAGAGAGUCAGUUUUAUUAUUUAACAGAAUUAUUUGUUAUUGUUAGAGAAACAUGUUUGAUAAUUCCAACACACUCGAGUAAAAUCCUGUGCUUAGAUUGUUGCAAUUGGUCUUAUAGUUCCCUCUUUCUCCAAAGUGUUUGUUCAAUUAUUUUGAGGAUUAAAUAUGGUUGAACUGAUGAUAUUAAUCAGCCAUGGAAGGUUUAUCUACCUCAUGAAUUAACAAAGAUAUAUUCUUGUUACCAAGCUGCCCAUUUAUAUAUAUAUAUAUAUUUUGUCAUAGCCUUCAAUAGAAAAUACACUUGUGGCAUUUUUUUUAUGUUUAUCACCAGGCAAACUACAGGCAUGCUUUUUGAAGAGAAAGGUGUAAAUAGAUGGACAGAUUUUUUAAAUAAUUGCUGAGUUAUUUUUUUCUUUAAGUUUAUGAUUGUGAGCCAUGUGUAUUAACAAUUUGCCAAAUGUGUAAACACUGUAUUAAAAAGGAUCGUUGUAAUAUGCUCAAUGCAAUUUGAUGUCAUCGUUUUAAUAUAACUUAUUAAUAUUUUUUUUGUUAAUCAACAUUUUCAUUAUUGAUAAUCAUGUCUAUAAAAAACUAUAACUGCACACAUGCAAAAUAAAAUAUAUCCACUGAGUUUUAUAUUGAAUUUAUAUAGAAUUAUCUUGGUAUUUAGAUUUUAAAAUUAACAUAAUACCCAUAAAACCUUGAAGCAGCCACCUUGAUAUUUGUGGAGAAAGGAAAAACCAAGGGAAAUCUAAGUAUUGGAAAUAGAAAUAUGUUUGGACUUGUGACUCCCUUAAAAAAUUCAUUUGUGUUAAAUUAACAUAGCCAUUAAUUGUGUUCUAUUAGUAUACUAAAUUUAUUAGAAGUAUAUUGGUAUACUAUACAGUUUAAAAAAAUAUGCAGUUUCAGAAACUUCAAGAUAUAGCCAGUAGUUAAUUUCAAAAUAUAUACAAAUGAUAUUAUUUCAGUAUCAGUCAAUUGCUAAAUGCUCCUACAACAUGAUUAAAUAUUUAGCUUUUUACAUUAUUUCCAGUACAGUUAACCAUAAAGGUGUCUAAAAAUAUAGAGCUCAGUGAAUUAUGUAAUAAUUAUUAUAGCAAAUGCUUUGAUCCUAAUUGUUUUUAUUUUGCUGCAAUUUAGCAAUCUUUAAAAUGCUGGUAAAUUAAUAUUCACUUACUAGUGGGAGAAAUUUUUUUCUAAAAACUCAUUGGUUUUUGCUUUCUAGAAUUACUGUUUUGUCAAAACGUUUAAAAAAGGGAAAUAAAUCAUUUUCCAAAUAUUUCAUAUUGUAAUUCUCUCAUGAGAAACAUUUUCAUUUAGGUUCACAGUUAUUUUCCCUUUGUAUUGACAUUAUUUAAUUCCAAUGUUUCCCCAGUUUGUCUUUUUAGUGUCCUAUUCUCCACUUAAUUCUGGCAUUUAGUUUUUAACAAAUCAAAGUGUCCAAUUGUUGGGGUUGACAUUUCCACUGUACUUAGCACUGUCAUUUAUAAAGGCUUGUGUGUCCCUGUGAUGUCAGGCUAAUGACAUGUGUGACAUCUCAGCAUUAAAGAACUUAAUUAUCA